UGUACCUGCUACUAAGUCGUCUUUUGCCGAACACAUUUCACAGCCAGACUUAAGAAUGAAACAGGAACACGAGGAGCUCAUUUUGAAAGCAUGUGAAGCAGAGUCUCUUCAGAUUGGAGAGAAGAUUCAGACUUUGUGGAGCGGUUAUGGCGAAAUAAUAAGAGUCCACUUGCAGGGAUGUGAUCGGCCCUCUGUUGUGGUCAAACAUGUAAAGUUUCCCCAAAACUUGAAACAUCCAAGAGGUUGGAACUCAGACAUAUCUCACCAGCGCAAAGUGCGAUCCUAUCAAGUAGAAAGUCAUUGGUACCAAAGCUACACUACCAACGAACACUGUCGAGUUCCCAUCUGUCUGGCUUCCCAGUCAUUUGGUGAUGAGCAGUUGAUUGUUCUGGAAGACCUUAAUGUGGCAGGAUUCCCAGAAAGAAAAAACUGUAUAAAUGAUGCUGAAAUGAAAGCAUGCCUCAGCUGGAUUGCCAACUUUCAUGGCCUCUUUCUUGGUGUAUCCCCAGAAGGUCUGUGGUCUGUAGGAACGUAUUGGCAUUUAGCAACAAGACCUGAAGAGUUGGAAGCCAUGUCAGAUCAAAAACUCAAAGCAGCCGCUGCAGAGAUAGACAACCUCCUCAACAACUGUCGUUUUACUACAAUUCUGCAUGGCGAUGCAAAAAUAGCAAAUUUCUGCUUCUCCAAGGAUGGUCUGCAGAUUGCAGCUGUAGAUUUUCAGUAUGUCGGUGGAGGUUGUGGAAUGAAGGAUGUUAUUUAUUUUUUAGGCAGCUGUAUGAAUGAGAGAGAUUGUGAAAGGAAAGUGCCAGGACUUUUAGAUCACUAUUUUUCAGAGUUGCGGAUAUCUGUGGGCAAGAAGGCCAACUUUCCAGAGCUGGAGAAAGAAUGGAGAAGUAUGUUUGCUUUUGCUUGGACAGACUUUCAUCGCUUUCUACUUGGGUGGAUGCCAGGGCAUCACAAGGUUAAUAAGUAUAGCAAAAGUCUUGUACAAGAGGUAUUAAAUAAACUGAAACAAUCUUAAUUCAUGUAAAAUGUAGAUGUUUAAUGUCUUGUGUUUUAUACUGCAAUUAAACGAGUAUAAGGAUUAUAUGCAUUAAUGCUGUAUUGCAAAAUGUAUGAAACUGGUUAUAUUGUGUAUGUAAUCUAAUGUGCUUGUGAGAUUAAAAAUAUAUUU